CUCUCUCUCUCUCUCUUUGGAGGGUGAUUUGGACGUGUCCUGUGAGGUCAUCCCCAUGGUGUGGUCCCUCCUUCCCGGUGGAGAAGCUCUGGGAUGACGCCACCCUCUCGCUCCGCCCUACUGCAAACUCGACGCUCGCGUUCAUUUCAUUCCUGCUCUCAUUCCGAGCAUUCUUCGCAUCUCUAUCGGUGCGGCGGAGAUUCACGUCACAUUCCCGGCCGGCCCAAGAAACACAAGAAUAACUUUACACAGUUUGCAAAAAAAAAAAAAAGCUAAAAAAAAUUCUAAAAAAAAGAACUAUAUAUAAACACACACACUAGAAAAAAAAAAAAAAAAAGAAACCAAGGGGCCGAACUUAAAAAUUGAUAUAAAUAAAGCGGACGUUAAGUUGGCUGCAUAUUUCCUCGCAACGUUUUCGGAGCGGUGCAAAAAAUAUCGCGCGGAGAGACUUGUUGCUCGCGCAUCUUUGGCGUUUACUCGCGAGCUCCUGUUGAAAUCUUACCCGAUUCACUGUAGUCUGCUCCAGGCUUCGGCUUGGAGGUCUCAACCGCCAUAAUUGAUCCAAGCAGUUGGAGUGGCAGUGAAAGCUCUGCCGAGGACAUUGAGAGGUUGAGCGACUCGGCGGACAAGCCCAUGGAUAAUGAUGCUGAGGGGGUGUGGAGCCCUGACAUUGAGCAGAGCUUCCAGGAGGCGCUUGCUAUCUACCCACCCUGUGGACGUCGCAAAAUUAUCCUCUCGGAUGAGGGCAAGAUGUAUGGUCGCAAUGAGCUGAUAGCCAGAUAUAUUAAACUCAGAACUGGGAAGACGAGGACAAGGAAGCAGGUGUCUAGUCACAUACAGGUCAUAGCAAGAAAGAAAGUUCGAGAAAUCCAAGCUGCCAUCAAGGUGUCUAGUCACAUUCAGGUUCUUGCCAGAAGGAAAUCUCGUGAGUUUCAUUCCAAGCUAAAGGAUCAAAGCGUGAAGGACAAAGCUCUCCAGAGCAUGGCAUCGAUGUCUUCUGCCCAGAUCGUGUCUGCCACAGCCAUCCACAACAAGCUGGGUCUUCCGGGCAUUCCGCGUCCUGCCUUCCCUGGAGCACCGGGGUUUUGGCAGGGCAUGAUAUCCACAGGACAGCCUGGAUCCUCGCAAGACAUCAAGCCAUUUGCUCAGCAAGCAUACCCUAUCCAGCCAGCAGUCACAACUACAAUUUCAAGUUAUGAGCCCGCGGCACAACCAGCACCCACAGUGCCCGCCUGGCAGGGCCGAUCUAUCGGCACAUCAAAACUCAGACAGGUGGAGUUUUCUGCUUUUCUGGAACACCAGAGAGAUCCAGAUUCUUACAACAAGCAUCUUUUCGUGCACAUUGGUCAGACAAAUCACUCAUACAACGAUGCCUUGCUCGAGUCAGUGGACAUUCGUCAAAUUUACGAUAAAUUCCCAGAGAAGAAAGGAGGACUGAAGGAACUGUUUGGCAAGGGUCCUCAGAAUUCCUUCUUCCUUAUAAAGUUCUGGGCUGACUUGAACUGCAACAUUCAGGAUGAAACUGGGGCCUUCUAUGGAGUGACCAGUCAGUACGAGAGUCCGGAGAACAUGACCAUCACUUGCUCCACAAAGGUUUGCUCAUUCGGCAAACAGGUCGUGGAGAAAGUGGAGACAGAAUAUGCUCGCUUUGAGAACGGACGCUUUGUCUACAGGAUAAGCCGGUCUCCCAUGUGCGAAUACAUGAUAAACUUCAUCCACAAACUCAAACAUUUGCCUGAGAAAUACAUGAUGAACAGUGUCCUGGAGAACUUCACCAUCUUGUUGGUGGUCACAAACAGAGACACACAGGAGACCCUGCUGUGCAUGGCCUGUGUGUUUGAGGUGUCGAACAGUGAACACGGAGCCCAGCAUCACAUCUACAGACUCGUGAAGGAAUGAAACCGCUCUUUCACACAGACUCUGAACCUCAGUACAGUGGCAGUGCCUCUCGCAUAACACUCACUCAAGAUUAUUUUCCCACUCAUUUGGGUGACGCUUAUAAUUAUAUAUAUUUUUCCUUUAGUAAUAUGUGUUUGACGUUUAACUGCAGCUGUGAAUUGCGGUACAGUUGUAUUAUGUUUCAAUAUGGGAAAGAAUGUCAAAGAAUACGUAAUCAACAUUAAUUCCUAGGCUGUACAGAUAAAGUGACAGUAUCAUUUGACUUUAAGGUAGGGUUGAUUUAGAUUGAAUCUGAAAACAACCUUGUUUUAAUUUGUAUCAUGUAAUGUACAAGAAAAGAGAACAUAUUUGUCAUUUGUAUGAAAGCAUAUGGGUGUAGCCAUAAAUGUGUGUGUGUGUGUGUGUGUGUGUGUGUGUGUGAUGUAGGUGUGUACAAAUGUGUAUAUACAUUCUCACAUACUUGUAGAUUUUUCCCAAAGAAAAGGUAUUUGAGAGAUUCCAUCCCGGAACAUUGAUUAUUAUUUUUAAAGAAAGAAUGCUACUGUAGACUGACAUUCUUGUGGCCAUCUGAAAACAACAGUUCCUGCAUUCAGAACAUCCACAUAAUUCAGGGAAUUCAGAAGUCCAGCCAUUGAAAAGAAAUUGUUUUGUACACGUUCCUUCAUUCUUUGUAUUCACAUCCUGAGGAAUUACUGCACUGUGAUAAGUUUAUAGUAACCUGUGGGUUUUUUUUUUUUUUCACUUUCGUCAUUGCCUGCAAUAAGAAAUAAGCUUACUGUUUCCUGUACAGCUAAAUAUCUCCUGCCAACAUGCUUGUGUAAAGAGUAACUCAACAAGAAGCACUGCAUUAACAAACAGGGGUUGAUGGAUUAUCUAUCGACUUAUCCCAAGCAUUUGGAUCCACUUGUUGGACUUGCCUUAGAGCGUACACUCCCUCAGAUUUCCCCGCAGAUUUGGGACACAAUUGUUCCACAGACGCACUGAGGAGGUCACACUUCCCGAAGCCCAUCCCUGAACGCUCCUGUACUCUAUGGAGCGCUUCAUCUUCAAUACGGAUUUAGUUAUGGAAUCAAUCCUGCUGCCUUUGUAUACCCAUACAGCCCAUGUCUCUGUGGCCUAAGCGUUUUCUACGACUGCAAAGCCUUAAUAAUAGCUGUGUGAAGUCCAAAAGAUGCCACUAAAGCUGUGACCUCUUUCCUAAGCUGGAAUACUUUCUUAUCACAUGUUGUAGGAAUUGUACAGUACAAAACUGCCAAAGUGUAACUCAUACAGCACAGUGCCUUAGUGUAUGAAGUGAAUACAAUAGAGCGUCAUUAUUUUGGGAAAAGAAAAAAACCACUAAGAUUCUAAAGUGUGUGUCAUCGAAAUUAAAGAGCACUGGCCAGUGCGCACGUUUGGUCAACCUUUAACUCUUUCUUGAUAACGUCUCAGUGAUGUAAAACAUGUAACACAUUAAACAAACUAUCCAAUCUUGCCUUUCUUAUCCAAAAAGACCAAAAGGUUUUAAGGAGUUUCAUUUUAUCUUCUCUUUAUUUCCUGCACUGUAGCAUGAAAGUGCCUUUGGUUCCGAUUUUCCAGCUUAGAAAAGACUUAAAGGGAUAGUUCACCCAAAAAUGGUCAUUUACUCACCCUCAUGCUGUCUCAAUCUCGUGUGACUUGAAGGAUGUACGAUGUGUUUUUGUCCAUACAUUUUAAGUCAACAAGGUGUAACACUUUCAAGUUAAAAAAGCACAAAAAAGCAGCAUAAAAGUAAUCCAUAAGACUCAAUAAAUGAGUGGUUUAAUCCAUGUCUUCUGAAGUUCUGUGAUCAUAUUGGGUUAAAAAAAACAGACCAAAAUGUAAGUCCUUAUUCACUAUAAUGUGCCCUUCAAGUGGAGUCGGAAAUAUCGUAAUUAGGAGUUCUGACCACAUAAAUGACCAAGCGAAGUCAUAUUAACGAGUGGGAAACUGGAAUCCUAGAUGAUACAUGAUUUUCAGAGUUGGGACGAUGACAUGAAAAGCAACGAUUUUGCAAAAUGAUAUCAUCUUUGUAAUUUAUUUCAAUAAUAUUAAUUUGUUAUAUAUGUCUGUAAACUAAUGGCUCACCCUUCGUGGUUUGUUUGAAGCAAAUUAAUUAAUAUGUUAGAUACCAUGCAUUAAUAAAUCAUAUAUGUCUUUUAUAAGUGAUGCAGGUUUAUUCACCGGUACAACAGAAAAAGGGGCAUUGUUUAUGUUUUGCUUCUUCUGUAUUUGGUUUACCACAUGAAUGCAUGACAUAUCGUAGUAACGAAUGCCCGACUUGGAAGUACGAGCUUCCUAGGUGCACUUGAAGGCAGCAUAAGUCUUUACACCUAGGCAGAUUGGAACACAGUGCAGGCUUCAAGACUAUUCCUUGAUGAUGCACACGAUUGCCAAGUACUCAAUCCUGAUAUCAGACAGUAUACGUCAAUAAGAUGUUCCAUUUUCAUUGUCUAGUGUUCAUCAUCAACCUUUUGGUGACUGCGAUACAUUUUAAAAGUAGCCCAAACAACUCUUGUAUAUGCAUUUUCAAAAUAGCCCAACUGGGCAUGAGAACCUGGCAACACUAUGUCUGGUUUGUGUACAGCGCUCUGUAUCAAGUGAGAGGAAGUGUGUGAAUGAGCUUCUCUCAUGAGCAUGUGUCAAGAUUUACAAGUGAAUAAAAACGUACAUUUUGGUCCGUUUCGCACACAAAGUGAUCGUAUUGCUUCAGAAGACAUGGAUUAAACAACUGGAGUCGUAUGGAUUACUUAUGUGCUACAUUCAUGUGCUUUUUGGAGAAAAUUUCUAACCCCAUUGACUUGGACAAAAACACCUCAUAGGUCUUUCAAAAUGUCUUUGUGUUCUGCAGAGGAAAGAAAGCCAUUUGAAUUUGAGCCGUCAUGAGGGUGAGUAAAUGAAGCAAGAAUUGUCAUUUCUGUGUGAACUAUACCUUUAAUAUUAUUUUGCAUUAUUAAGAUUAUCAUAGAUACCAAAUAAGUGGAUGUAGGUCAAAUAUUCACCACAUUGCCUUCAUAACAUUUUAUAGAAAAAUCAACAUGGGCUAGUGAGUGGAUAUGUACUGAGAUAAAUGUCUAUAAUAAUAAUUAUUAAAGACAAAUAUCUAUCAGCAUUUGGUUUGGUGGAUGUGGCAAACUGUCCUUUUUUUAGUUGAAGAUCCUCAGUUCAUUUGUGCUGAGUGCUGUGAGAGACUCAUCUGACAUAGAGUUUAGCUACUUUUUUUUAGUGCAUACAUAAAAGUGAAAAACCUCAUGGCGGCGUUGAGAUUAUAAGAGCUGAAAUGGCGUUUUCUCUCUUUUUUGUGUGUGUGUAUUGUUUUUAAGCCAUUUUAAUGUCUUAUUUUUCUUUCAUGAAUAUAGUAAACACUAUUUUGAGUGACGUCAAGGUGUGUUACUCCUCAAACCUUAGCAAAUAGUCAACCACAAUGUCACUUUUAAAUCCUUUAUGGAUAAAGCUGACUUCUACAGACCAUAUUAUCUCCACUACACUUCAUAAUUUAUUGUUUAUGUAAGUGGACGAUUUCAGAGGAACCAUCAGAGUGAAAGACUCAUAAGUUAGAUUUACAGCUCUCUAUGUUGUACCGCUUAAAGUAAACUGUGGAGUUCAGUAUGCUUGAUAUCAAAACGGCAAACGAUGUUGAGUGUUUUGUGUUUGCCUUCCCUUCGCCCUUGGUUCAUGUUUCAUAUAGAGAUCUUUCUGUAUUGUUCUACGUGUAUAUGCGAUGGUUUUGUGAUGACGUCAGUAUGAUGUUCUGAACCCAUUUUGGGUGGUGAUACUGUCACUGCUGCUCUGCUGGUGCUUUUGCUAUGUCAGUUCCUCCUUUAACAGUUCUCCUAUACGUCUCUAGGGAUCUGAGGACUAAUGCCUUUAAUAUGAUGAAUGUUAAAUGGACAUUAUUUUGCUAGAAAUAGACACUACACAAGGAUUUGAUUGGAAUCUGGACUACAGUAUGUCGGCAGCUUAGCUUAUGUUUUUUGAUCGUUUGUAUUUUGUCUAUGUGUAGGUACUGGUACCUUCUAAGUUCAUUACCAUUUAAAGAUGUUGGCUUUAAAGUGAACUUUUCUCUAGUUCAAGAUAGUAUCAUAAAAAGAUAUUGGGUUUGUGUGCAGAGAUUUUUUUGUAAAAAGGUGCUUUGUAUAAAAUUAUAUAUUCUGGCUUUUCUUGGUACAAAGGUGUGAUAUCUUUUAAUAUCCUGCCGAUGAUGGAAAAAAACAACAACAUUGGAGCAAGUUUAAGAGAGAAGAGAGAAAAUGUACUAUGUGUGUGUUCUUUAUCGCAUAUGGUCUUGUCUUUGCUCCGUAACAUUUUGAUGCCUUCUUGAUAAAGUGGUAGGUAUUUUGUAGCUUUCUAGAUACUUUGUAUGUACACAAUAUUGAAUAAAAUAAAUAAUUA